AUGGCCCAGCUCGACAAUGGAGGAAAUCCUCCAAAUAGACUCGCAUUCUGCACCCUGGGCAUGUUCAUAAUCGACAAAAUCGAAUAUCUCAGCAACACGCAAGCUCCCCAGGACAGAAUCAUAGGCGGCGCCGGCACAUAUGCGGCGCUCGGCGCACGACUCGCCGCUGGCAGCCGCCACGCCGCGUCGGUGGGCUGGAUCGUGGACAUGGGCUCCGACUUCCCAGGGGAGUUCAAGUCCUUGAUCGAGGCGUGGCGCACGAGUUGCGUGUUGCGAUUCGACGGGACUCGGUUGACGACCACGGCGUGGAACGGGUACGGGGACAAUGAAUAUCGGGCGUUCAAAUAUCUGACCCCCAAACUACGCCUCAAUCAAGACUCCCUGUCCGACGACCAGCUUCUCGCGCGCUCUUUCCACAUGGUCUGCUCGCCGUCGCGGUGUAUAUCGCUCGUGCGUGGGAUUUUGGAUCGGCGGCGGAGACUUCUUCAACAUACAGCCAGAGAUUCGGCUGGAGGUCGAGCGGCAGCAGAGGCUGAUAGACCAGUCUUUGUGUGGGAACCGAUACCGGACCUGUGCACGCCGGACGAAUUGUCGCGGCUGCGUGAGGCGGCGGGAUAUGUCGACGUGGUGAGUCCGAAUGCGGACGAGUUCGAGUCGUUUUUCAGGGAAAUGCCGGGGUAUUCGUCACGGGAACUCAUGGUUGAGAACCUACUUGGUCUGGCCUCACGAAAUGGAGAGCAGAAACUACCAUUGCGGACGGCAUUGGUCGUCAGAGAAGGUGCACAGGGAUGUACCACGUAUGUCGGGAGCACAAAAGGUCUACAUCUGCGAGCAUAUCAUCAGAGUAGAGAAAAGGUCGUGGAUCCUACAGGUGGGGGAAAUACGUUCUUGGGAGCCCUGGCGAUCGGCAUGACUGGAAUCACCACCCCUGGAGAGGGCAUUCUCAAAGAUCUAGACGUCCUCAAGGAGUCUGUCUUUUGCGACAAGAGGCUUCUGCUCGGACUGGUUCAUGCAACGAUUGCAGCUGGAUAUGCAAUUGAGCAGAUUGGCAUGCCUAGGGUGUCGACGGAAGAUGGUGACUGUUGGAACGGAGAGGCGUAUCGCGAGCGUUUUCGUAAGUACAUAAAAAGAGAGAGGGAACACAUAAUUGUCCAACUCUGA